AUGUCUGAAGUCGAACGACUGUUCAAUCUGUGCGACUCAGAAGGAAAAGGGUAUUUAACGGAACAAGAUCUUCAGCAUAUUUGCCCACAGCUCGACCAGAAGGACAUUGAGUUUAUUUUUGCGCAACUGGAUACUGACGGAUCUGGCAGAAUAGACAAGGAGGAGUUCUGCAAUGGCUUUAAUAAAGCUGUACUUGAGGGAGAGAGUAGAGGAUAUGGAGGAAUGAAACGUCGUGCAAGUGUUAUCGACUAUUCUGGGAAUUCAGAUGAACAUAAAUUAAUGGAUAUCUCUGAGCUUCCUUUGAUACGUGCUGGAGAAGAAGUAUUCGAUAGCGAUGCAGAAACACCGUUUCCGCGACCCUCUCGUCUCCGUACCCUUGAUGAAGAAGUUUACAAUUCAGAAUCUGACACUAAUGCAAGUAUCGACUUUGCCUUGCCUUGCCAUGAAGAGGUUGUUAUGCUUUACCAACAGCUUCAAUCAGCCGGUGUGCCACAACUUUUGCGGAAAUAUGAGCGAAUAGUCGGAUCAUUCUAUAAGGAAAUAAAGGAUCAGAAAGACGAAAAUCAACGACUGCAGCACGUGUUCGAGACUGAAAAAGAUAUGUACAACAAGCGAAUGGAGGAAGUUGAGCUAGAAAUUGAUCAGCAAGUGAUGAUUGCUGAACGGAAAGCCAGGGAAGAAAGACUCCAGAAAAUGGAAAAUGUACUGGAAAAGGAAGGGCAAAAGCUUACUCAUCAAAAAGAGUUACAAGAGCGUCUUAAAGAAGUUUGUUCCGAGAACACUGAACUACGCCGAGGUUUGGCUGAAAACCAUCUUGAACUGGCAAUGAUCAAAAGCGAACUGGCACAUGUUCGCGCUGAGUACGAACAUAAGGAGAACGAACUUAUUCGGCAGAAAGACGAGGUCUCUGCGGUCUCUCAAGAAAGUGAAAAUAUGCAGCGUCAAAUCCAGCUUCUUUUUGAGGCAAAUAAGAAGUUGCAUGACACAAAUGAGAGCCUAAGAGAUGCACUAGAUAGCCGAGCAUCCGUUAUCAAACAGUUUAACCUAAGAACACCUUCUCCAAAUUUGGUAAGGACUGCCUCCGAGGGAGUAGCACUCUUUCAAAGAGAAGGACAAGAUAGUCUAAGGCUACCAACUCCUGUAACUUUCAGCGAAUUAGCAACAGAAGACGAUGUCAGAAAUCUGAAACAAAUGAUAAAUGUCAUCUUCGCCGAACUAAUGCUCGAUUCAGGCCUUACAGCAUCGUUUGAUGAUGGGAACUGUUCGAGCGAUUCUGAGAAGCCGAAAGGAGACGUUGAACCGGUAAUGGUAAGCGUCGAUUUUCAUGUUAAAACCGUAUGUGCAGAUGGAAGGAAUGUAGCGUUACAAUUAUGGGACACUGCUGGUCAGGAAAGGUUUCGUUCACUAUGUAAGUCGUACUUUCGGCGUGCAGAUGGUGCUAUUUUGGUGUAUGAUGUUUCAUCGGAACACUCUUUCAUUAAAAUUCGUGAUUGGGUUGACACUAUCAAGGUCAGUUCAUUUUUUCCCCAAUCAUUGUAA